AUGGGCCGAGGCACGCUGGGCGAGGUACUCAACCACGGUCCCUGGAAGCGUUGUGCUGACCUGGUCGAAAUCCACUACGUUCACCUCUUAAAGUACGCGCACGAAGCCAAUGAUAACGUCAUGGUGCUGCAGACCGCCGAGCGGGUCAUCCGGAUCACUAUCUCCUUUGCUGAUCUCGCCCUCAUAGACAACCUUACGAACGGCUGGGGUCUCAACGGUCAUACGCCACCGUCUGCGCUUCCGAGAUGUGGUUUGAUGAACCUCCCCGUGGCGCAUGUUGACUCUUCCUACGGUGGCCCGUGA